UAAAUAUACUUACACGUUUAUUGAAAAAAAAAUCAAGUUUGUUAUCGUUUUGCAGAAUAAUCCAUAAUGGUAGAGCCGAAAUCCAGUCUUCCAAGCAGCGCGAACCACUAAGUUUCUUUUUAGACGUAAACAAUCUUAGUGAAGCUAGACCAAGGAUACAUCACGAUGGUUGUACCAGCAGUAAAACGAAACAUUGUUAAGAAGAGGACAAAAAGAUUUAUUCGUCACCAAUCUGAAAGAUAUGUUAAAGUUAAGCCCAGCUGGAGGAAACCGAAAGGUAUUGACAACAGGGUCCGUCGUCGAUUUAAGGGUCAAUACUUAAUGCCCAGCAUUGGUUAUGGCAGCAAUGCAAAGACAAGACACAUGAUGCCCGAUGGAUUCAAGAAGUUUGUUGUGCAUAAUGUUCAGGAACUUGAACUUUUAAUGAUGUUGAAAGGAUCACACGCCGCGGAAGUUGCACACAACGUGUCCAGCAGAAAGCGAAAAGACAUAGUGGAACGUGCUAACCAGUUGUCCAUUAAAGUUACAAACGCUACGGCCAGAUUACGAAGCGAGGAAAAUGAAUAAACGAUUCUUUGUGAA